CGCAGCACUAAGCAAAAAAACCAUGCCAGAGAAUAUAUCCUACUACGCAGAGCACCAACUGCUGCGUAAUGACGGCAUAGACUGGCGUCCCAGCCAGAAAAGAGCAGACACCGACACAAGAGACAAGCCUGAAUAUUAGAAGGGGGGAAGAAAAAUCAGAAAUCGCUACGUAUAAUAACAGAAAACUAAAGACAUCAAGUGUCACAGCCGUCUGACUGGCCUAAAAGGCUAAAUAAGGCUACAGGCGGUGUGACAGGGAGCAACUAAUAUCAGAUUGUCACGAGUUGGUGAUUUUCCCCCCUCUCCCCUUCCCUACCCCAACCCCCCUGCCCCCCCCGUCGUCCUCCAAACAAAAAUGGAGAACCAUCACGCCCACUGCAUGAACUGCAUCAGCCGGAGGUGCAUGACCAGGCCGGAGGCCGGCGUUUCCUGCGACCUCGCCAGCUGCGCCCUGGUGUGCGGCGCGGUCUUCCACGGCUGCAAGGCCGACGAGCACCGGCUCCUGUGCCCGCUGGAGAGGGUGCCGUGCCUGAACAGCGGCUUCGGCUGCCCGUUCACCGUCACCCGCGGCAAGAUGUCCGAGCACCUGGCGGUGUGCCCGGCCAGCGUGGUGUGCUGCACCAUGGAGUGGAACCGCUGGCCGAUCAGCGACGCCGACCGCACGUCGUACGAGAACCUCAGCCGGGACGUGGACGAGGUGGAGCAGCUGGACAUGGCGCUCGCCCUGCAGGACCAGCGCAUGCUCCUGGAGUCGCUCAAGGUCGCCACCAUGCUGUCCAAAAACGGCGACAACCCCCCCGGCGGCGAGAAGACGGGCGGUCCCGCGGCCCCCGCCCCCCCCGCUCCGGGCUGCCGGAACGAUAAAAUCGCCAACGGGAUAAACGGCCUGGACGAGGAGUCGUUCAGCGAGCUGUACCAGGCCACGGUGGAGACCAGCAGGACCCUGGUCGCCGCGCUGGACAUCCUCAGCAGCGCCACCAAGGAGAUGGACACGCUCAACGGGGGCGUGCCGGCCGACGGGCGGGCGGAGCCCAACGGGGGGUUCCACGGCGGGGCCGAAGUGGAGGUUGCGGGCUCGGGGAACGUCGACAUGAAGGGAAGCGACAGCGAGUCGGACUGCGAGCUGGGAGCCGUGGGCGGGAUGGACCUGGAGGCGGCCGGGGGGGCGGCGGAGGAGGAGGAGGACGCCCCCGACGGCGGGAAGACGUGGACGAAGCGCAACGGCUUUUUGGAGCCGGAGAACGGGGCGGAGGAGGAGGAGGAGAGCGGCGUGUUCGGUUUGCUCGAGCGGGACGAGAAGCCGCUCUGCAACGGCUUCCACAGCCCCGGGGACGGGCCGGACCGGAUGGACCUGGAGGUGGCCGGGGAGCGGCGCCCCGAAGCCAACGGGUCGUGGGAGGUCUUCCGGCCGGCGAAUGGGGCGGAGGCGCUGCUCAACCGCUCCGUCGCCGUGGCAGAGCAGCGGCCCUCCUGCUCCCAGCCGCCGCCGCGGCUGCCCCUGCCGCUGCCCAUCCCGCUCCACGACAUCAUCCCCAACGGCGGGGCGUACCCGCUGGACCUGGAGGACCGCUGGCUGGAGCGCAAGCUGCAGAACCUGCAGGCGCUGCGGGCCAUGGGCUCCUUCGCCUUCAGCGGCCGCCGCGCCCUCUACGCCGACUCCCUCCGCGUCAAGAUGGAGGACAAGUCGGUGGACACGUCGGACCUGGAGGUGGCCGACGACCCCAUGGGCCUGCACGGCAUCGACCUCAUCACCGCCGCCCUGCUGUUCUGCCUGGGGGACUCGCCCGGCGGCCGCGGCAUAUCCGACAGCCGCUUCGUGGACGGCUACCGCAUCGACCUGGGCACGCAGACCUUCUCCUUCCCCUCCGCCAUCCUGGCCACCAACACCAUGGUGGGCGACGUGGCCUCUGCCUCGGCCUGCGACCACGCCAGCCCGCAGCUGUCCAACCCCAGCCCCUUCCACACGCUGCGGCUGGACCUGGUGCUGCAGUGCGUGGCGCGCUACCAGACCAAGCAGCGCUCCAUGUUCACCUUCGUGUGCGGCCAGCUCUUCCGCCGCGACGAGUUCUCCUCCCACUUCAAGAACGUGCACUGCGACAUCCACGCCGGCCUCAACGGCUGGAUGGAGCACCGCUGCCCCCUGGCGUACUACGGCUGCACCUACUCCCAGCGCCGCUUCUGCCCGUCCACGCAGGGCUACCGCAUCAUCCACGACCGCCACCUGCGCUCCUUCGGGGUGCGGCCGCGCGGGUCCGCCCCGCCGCCGCCGCCCUCGCCCUCGCCGUCGUCAUCGCCCGGCGGGCCGCCGUUGCCCGGCAACGCCUGCCGCUUCGGCACGGACUGCGACCACCUGAGCGGCCUGCCCUUCGAGCUGCUGCAGCACGUGGCCGGCUUCCUGGACGGCUUCAGCCUGUGCCAGCUCUCCCGCGUGUCGCGCAUGAUGCGGGACGUCUGCGCCAGCCUGCUGCAGGCCCGGGGCAUGGUGGUCCUCCUGUGGGAGAAGAGACGCUACCCCUCGGGCCCCUCGUCCUGGCAGAUCAAAGACAAGGUGUGGCGGUUCAGCACGGCCUUUGGCACGGUGAACGAGUGGAAGUUCGCCAACAUCACCAGCAUGGCGGACCACCUGAAGAAGUGCAAGUUCAACAUGGUGGAGCGGCGGGAGGAGGCCGUCCCCCUGCCCUGCAUGUGCUUCACCCGCGAACUCACCAAAGAGGGGCGGUCCCUGCGCUCCGUCCUCAAACCAGUAUUAUGAAAAAUAACCGACAAAACACACACACGACCCUCGCUGUUUCUUCCAAUCAGAUUUAAGAGCUUAGGCACUCUGCGUAGCCUCUUUGUAAUACGAUACUUUAUCAACUGCGGAUUUACUUUUACGUGACAUAAUCUAUCACUGUGUAAAUAAAACAAUGUUUUGAUGUUAAAGUUAUUUUUUAUAUGAAAUGUCAGUACUGUGUUGCAUCGAAGCCGAACAGAAGAGCCUUAAUGUAUGAAAUAACACUUGACUUGCUGGACUUGGUAGGUUUCUAUGGAUCCAUACGGGCUUGUUGUCCCCUACAGGACUGACGUCUCUACGAUGUAGCUAAUAUUAUCUUGCAUGGUUUGGUGUUUAACAAGUGCCCUUGUUUGGGUAAUUAAAAAUAUUGUUGAGAGAAAUAUGUGCAUUUUUUUUUUUGCAAGAAACUUAAGCAUUUUUCUCUUUUUUUUUUUUUUAAGAUACUGACCAAACCUAAAACGUGCACAGUGUCCUGCUUCUCUGAGGAAGCGAUCGGAAGUACAUGUCAUGUUCUGUUUAUUCUCCAUGUGACAUUACCUUGCGUACAGCUGAAUUUUGGCCAUUGAAAGGUUGUUAGAUUGUUCUGUGAGGCUCAAAAUUUUCAUUUGGUAAUCAGUCCACAUCAAAAAAUAUGCACCUAAUUUUCUGUCAGUCUGCUGCGUGGAGAGAGGUUUAUGGGUAAUUUUGUUGUCAGUUAUAAUUUGGUAUUGCAGGCUGAAUCUCAGUGAUAUAUAUAUAGGCAGCGCUUCUGGUUUCACUUUUAAGCAAUAAACAAACAAUACUGUAGCAUAAAGAUCACUUAGCACUUUACUCUCCAGGUGUUUUCUUGUUUUUAAGUUGAUUUUUAAUUUGUUUUGCGCACAAAUGUGGACACUAAGAAAAGCCAAGUUGCGUCGGGACAUACAAAAGGUUACCACUUUCUUUUCUCCAUCUGUUUGUACUGUCAGAGAGCUCUGCAGAUACUCUUCCGACUGACGUCACUGAGGAAAUGCAACAGAAACUGUAGAUGAAAAUUGUAGACGGUAGUAAGUUUGCUAAAUUGAAAUCUUUUCUGACUCUUUGUAAGUGGUUGUACUAAAAUGAAUGGAAAUUCUCUUGGGAGAAGACAAAUUAUUUUGGUUAUAAUACAAUUUUGAGUACAAUGUUUUUUUUUUUUUUUUGUUUGUUUUUUACGAUAAGACAAAACCUCACAAUUUUUAGGGUCCCUUGAGUGGGAAAAUAUAUAUUUGCUCUGCCAGUCAUUAACCCUUGCUGUGCCUUGUAAUUUUUCAUAUACAGUAUAUAAAUGGACAGUUUACUAUAUACAUAAAGGAUUAUCUUUGUCAGCAAUGUCCAACAAUAAGAUUGAUUGCAUGUGGGUUGUCUUUUUGACUCAAAAUGUGCUGCUAAUAACUACCUGUACAUUGGAUAUGGACAGAAAUCGGAAGCGGAGAAUAGGUCUAAAAUGUCCGCCCUGACAGUGGGAAAAGCUGGUGCUUAAAUGAACGGGUAAUUCCCAAAGCUUUCACUAGAUGUAGUGACCAUACCUUAAUGUGUGUCAUUUUGUUGCGGUUUUACUAAAGGAAAUCUGCCAUCUUCCAGAUUUGUUCCAUGCAGACCUGGCUCAAAUUCUUUUUUUUUUUUUUGGAUUCAAAUACUUUUCUGUGCUCUGUUAAUCUUUCCUGGUGUAACUGGGCCUGCCAAUAUGACCAGAAGGCAGGGUUUGCACUUUUUGAGAGUAUUUAAUUGGUUCCAAUACACCAGACAAGAUCAGUAAAGUGUAGAAAUGUAUUUGAAUCCAAAACAAAUACGUAUUUGACCCAGGUCUGUUUCCAUGCUCAACAUUCUUUUGAGUAAACCAUUUAGAAGUAGAAUGCGUUUGGGGAAAAAUCAGUGGUCUGGACCAUCCACAGCGUGUCUGGACCCCGUUCAGCAUUAAAUAGCAUCGUGCUUUUUCAUUUUUGUGUGUCCAAAAUUCAGUCUCUGGUUUCACGUCUGCCCUUUUUAAAGUCUAUCAUUCAUCCCAGCUUAUACUGUAAUGGCUGUCCAGAUCCAGUUUUUGUAUUUGUAUAUCAGGGAUGUACAAAACAGGAUGGUCUUUGCAUUGAUGAAGAAUACUUUGCUCUGGUGCAUUAAAAUGUGUUCACUUGCAGCAGUGAUGGUAACUAACAUUAAAUACCAUACAGUAUUAUGUAGGUGUAUGUGUGUGUGGUUGUUUUUUGUUUUUUUUUUGUGUUAAAGUGAUAGUAGAUACUAUUUAAUGACUAGUAAGAGUUUCAAAGUUUACCAGACGAGAAAUGAAUCCGUCUUAAUAUAUUUUUUAAAACAAGAUUGUAAUUCUGGGACAAUUUUUUGAUUGGUUUUUUUUUUUUUUUUUUUUACUUAACGUAGGCUGUAGGCCACAAUUAAAAUGAAUGUGCCGGAUAAACUACAGAACGUACAGCCUCAAAAGACCGUGACAUUUAAGUGUAUUUAUACAGUCGCAGUAAAGAAUGCCCGUGGAUGUCACUGGCACCACGUUUGCAAUAAACAAUCAAUUAGGUUGUCCUGUUGUUAAAGGUCACGUUUGGUUGCAGACACACUAGAUAUGAGAUUGCUGACAUUUAUCAUUGUGGUCACUGGCUGCUAAACAAAUUUUCUGUUUGGAAACAACGUAGUAUAAUCUAUUAACUCUUAUUAGCUGUCAUUUUUAGGUAGCCAAGAUUCAUGAAGUACAUGUUUUUUUUUGUUGUUUUUUUUGGAUUUAAUUAAGCGUGACUUUUGAGAACUGCGGCUCUUAAAACGUCAUGUUCCCUGUAGUUGUAGUUUAAAAUGUUUUAAAUCUUAAAAAAGUGAAUGUAAAAAAUAAAAAAAACCACCUUCACGGUAAGAAUUUACAUUAAGACAGUGGUAGUGUUGAAUUACAAAAUGACCACCUGCGAUCUUGGAAGCAGUUUAAUUUUCAUGUACGUGAUAAUGGCCUUUCAAAUAAUUUGUCACAAAAUCAUGGUCUGUAAAAGGAAAGAAAUUACCUGCUUUUUUUGAUUUCAUUUUUUUUUUUUUAAAGAUCUGUAGCACUUUUUGGUCAAAAAUAGUCUUCCGUUUGCAUUGCCAUCACAGUAUGACGUUAUGUUCAGUACAAAAAAAAAAAAAAAAAACAGCCUUAAAGCUAUAUAAUUGGAUCUGGGGCAGACGGUAAGAACGCUGUCAUGUUUCUACAGUCAGUCUUUUAAAAACCUGCUGGUGACUCGAGAGAGAGAGAGAAAGUGUUUCCCAAGUCGUCAUCUUUCAACUGUCCAUCAAUCAGUGUAAUGUGUUUUCAGUGACCCCCCUUUGUUUUUGAAUUACAGCCUGGUUGUACAGAUGUGUCACGGCUUUGAUUGUUAAUAAAAACGGUAUUUUCCUUCACGA